AUGCCGAAACGAAAAUUGUUCAAUGUCACAAAUCUUGGGAGUUGGGCAAAGCCACUUGGUCACUCAGGAGACAAAGAGAAUGAUGUCCCAACAAAAGUUAUUGUAUCCCCUCCAUCCAGUCCGAAGAAGAAAAGGCAAAAGAGAGAAAUGGUUAGUACCACAAUACCAUUGGAUCCUCCUCCCUUUGUGCUACCAAUACCAGAGCCCUCUCCACUUCACGAGAACACCAAUUCACCAAGAGAAAAUCUCCUCGAGUCUAAGCACAAGCAUCUGAGUCAACUGGCUAGAGUAGACACUGUAACAGGGUUUUACAAGCCCUCACCCACUAUUGAGGAGGCAUUUUUAGCCUUCAAUGACAUCAAGAAGAUUCUUAGACUACCAAAGACGACUGGUGGCUACAAAGACCUUGAGCUUGACUCAGUCUUUCGUCGCCGACUCGAAGGAAUGAGGCAAUUCUUAUGGGUCUAUGUUGACCCUCAGUCUUCAGCAUAUGGAAAGUGGACAAUGGCAUCAUUACACACUGCAAAGGCUCUAGAAUGGAGGCCUGCACACUCACAAGUACUCCAUGAACGAGUACAUGCCUUCAUUGCAGAUCGUGAGGAUCUCCCAAUCAAUAUUUAUGGGACAUGGAACAAGUCACUUCUUGACAAAAACGAGGAUCUUGCACAGGAAAUACACAUGCAUCUACAAAUGACUGGAAAAUAUGUAAAGGCUAUGGACCUUGUUGACUUCCUCGAUACACCAGAAAUGCGAAAAUGGAGUGGAAUCACAAAGCGAAUUAGUCUUGCAACUGCGCAGCGAUGGAUGAAGAAGCUCAAGUACUGCUGGACAAAAGACCCAAAAGGUCAAUUUGUUGAUGGUCACGAGAGAGAUGAUGUGGCUUACUGGCAGGAGGUUUUCUUGCCUGCAUGGGCAGCAAUCAAGGAGAAGACUCGAGAUUAG